AUGAGGUGUCUGCUCGUCCUCACCGUGACCCUGGUGGUGACCUGCGGGGCUGGCUCGGCGGUCCAGGACGGAGCUCGUCAACAGCUCGAUCUGGAGCCGAUCGCUACUCUGGUCACGGCCAGUCGGAGGUCGUUGGCCACUCACAGUCGCAGCCGCAGGAACCUUAACGAGAUCGGCGACCACGGAGACCAUCACGGAGACCAUCACGGAGAUCAUCACGGAGACCACGGGGCUCAUCACGGAGACCAUCACGGAGAUCACGGGGCCCACGGAGAUCACGGGGCGCACGGCGACCACGGAGCUCAUCACGGCGAUCACGGAGAUCACGGAGAUCACGGGAGUCACGAACAGUCGCCCAGGAAGAACGACGAGGUGUCGGUUUGGUCACUGAUCGGUCACACGGACAAGUUCGGCUGUGUGGCCAAGUUUACCUGUCUCCUGGAGGCCAAACACCAGCAGCGAACAAUGACGUCGCAGGAGGCCAUCGUCCAUAAGUAUAUCACUCAGCAGCCUUCCGAGGCGCACCUAGAGGAGAUGAGCAUCCUGAAGGCGCCCUACUACUUCGCCGCCUUCGUGGGCAACAGGUUCGGCGCCGAUAUGUGCGCCAGGUUCUUCCCCGACUGCCGUCACGGCUUCCCGGAGAUGCUGCGCUUCGUCCACAACUUUGACAUCGUGCGCUCAGGACAGACUUCGUGAACGUGAUGAACAUGAAUGGUUUGCGAAAGCCGGGCGGAAACAGUGCAUGGUUCAGAUGCUAUCAGCUAUUGAGUCGUAGGCUGAGAAUUGAGCAUUGUUUAUCGAAUUUUCGUUAUUCAGGUAUGAAGAUCGGGACAGCCUGAUACUGUAUGCAGAGGUUGGUAAUUGCGUGGCCGUACUAUUGCAGGCAGUGUGAUCGUUAUACGAACGUAAAAUCCUGCCUUAGUCUGUCCUUACCAAAAUGUGGAACUAUAUACGUCAUACAGCUCUUGUCCCAUGGUCAAGGCCGCGACCUUCUCAGUGAACAGAAAAAAAUGAGACAAUAUUGAGAAUUAUGAUUGUCUUGAGUAGUAGGACCUCGGACCUAGGAGUGCAUGGAAAGCGAAUAGAUUUGAAUGAAAGAGAUCUUAUAAAGCGUGACAUAUGUGCUUAGGUGCACAUUGUUUAUUGUAAAAAAUCGUAGUCAUAUGUGAUCGUCAUUGCUUAUUUUGCAUGAACCAAUGUCCAUUUGUUCCUACUGUAUAAAGGUCUAUGAUUUUCCUUAGAUGUUCCGGCCUUGCUAGCUGAAAACCGCUGUUUUAUUAUCGCCAUAAAGUGUAUUGGAAUGCGGCAUUGUUUCAUUUGCAAUCGAUGAGCUGAGUCGAUGAGACCGAUGGUUUCACGCGAGGAUGAGUCACAAUGUUGAACGACUUUAGCUUCUCCCAGGGCAGUAUAACUUGAUUUACAAAAAAAAAUUGCACCUUCCUGCACCCUGACCUGCACCC